UUUUCUUUUGUUUCUAAAAAGCAAAGAGAAGGUAUCAGAUAUGAGUUUAGCGAAUAAAGGAGGUGGGCCUUGUGGCGCCUGCAAAUUCCUCCGGCGGAAGUGCGUGAAAGGGUGCAUAUUUGCACCAUAUUUUGAUCCGGACCAAGGCACGGUUCACUUUGCUGCAGUGCACAAGGUUUUUGGUGCAAGCAAUGCUUCCAAGUUGCUGCAGGGAGUACCGGCUCACAAGCGUGUUGAUGCUGGGUUUUCACUUUGUUACGAGGCUUUGGCUAGGGUUAAAGACCCUGUCUAUGGUUGUGCCGGCCAAAUCUUUACCCUCCAACAACAGGUAGUAAAUUUACAAGCAGAGGUAGCCUACACGCAGGCCCGUGUUUCUACUUUGCAGCGUCUCACUCAAAUGCCGCCACCUAAAGUCGAAUGCCAAUCGCCCACCAACGUUCAUUAUUCAUCGGAAAUAGGUCCCGACAUGGUACGUUCUUCUAACAUGUCCAUCAUCUUUGAUCCCGCACAACUGCAUCAGCCUUCAAUCGAACUUGCAAGCUCUCUAAAUCCCUUUGAGCAGGGAAUAGACGACGAGGAGCUUCAGUCUUUAGUCCGGGAUUGUGUCUCAAGAUAUCUACCCGGUAUACGAUUCCAGCCUUCAACUUCCAACUAA